GAAUUUGAUUUUUGUUUUUACAUGCGAGAAAACUUCGACGUCCAAUUCAUCCCACCGCAGAGUCCCGUUCCCCCCUUCCGCCGUAUGCCCCUCCCCCAAAAAGUGUAGCUGCGUGGAGUUGACGUAAACCUGUUCCUCCGUUUCUAUCAUGGAUGUGUAAUACAAGUUCGUGGUUUCUAAUAUCGAUCAAAUCCUCGCUCACUCUUGCGAAUGGUGUCGUGUCUGAAGUUUAGUUAGAGAGAAGGAUCGAAGGAUCAAAGCUGUAUUCAAAUCCAGGACAGGGAGAUGACGCGCGCCUUGACACUCCGGGUAAAUUGGUCAGCGGUACACUAACGGAACGUAGUAAGAUCCGCUUCACUGAGAAAUCAAAAUCCUUAACGAAAAGAUUAUCAAGAGAAAAAUCCAACAUUUGAUUACUGGGAUUAAUUAAUGAAAUAUAACUAUGAGAAGUAAGAGCAGACAUUUAGGAAGAGAUUUUAUCAUUAAGCUUGGACUGUUUGUUAUCAUAUUACUUCUUCUGGGACCUUACUUCUUUCACCUUAAACUGACAGAGGAUACUGAGGAAAGCUACAAAGAUUUUAUGAUCCGCAAGCAGCAAGAAAAGAGUCCCUUGAAGUAUAGCAGGCAAAGAGAGGGCAUUGACAAGCAUUAUGCUGAUGAUAGAGUUAAGAGACCUGACCAAGAGAAACUUCAGAAUGUUGAUCAAGGAGAGGAUUCAAUCCACAACAGUAUGCUGAAUCUCCACAAGCAGAGCUGCGAAAGGGCAAACUGGGUAACUUUGAACCCCAAGAAGCACCACAAGUGUCUGGUCCAGGUGAAAUGGGAAAGCCAGUGUACACCAUUUCAGAAGAAAAGCACAAAGCCAAUUUAAUGAUCCAGCAGUAUGGUUUUAACAUGGUGAACAGUGAUAAGAUUGCCAUGAACAGAACAAUCCCUGACACUCGAUUAGAGGAAUGCAAGUAUUGGCACUAUCCCACUGAUCUGCCUACAGCAAGUGUUAUAUUAGUCUUCCACAAUGAAGGUUUUACAACACUUGUUCGGACAGUGCAUAGCGUCAUCAACACCUCUCCAUCCCAUUUGCUGAAAGAAGUAAUCAUGGUAGAUGACUACAGCAGCAAAGAAAAUUUAAAGCAGGAACUGGAGGACUACCUGCAGCAGUUCAAAGGAAAAGUAAAACUGUACAGAAAUGAGCAACGAGAGGGACUGAUUCGUACUCGCACCCGGGGUGCAGAGCUGGCCACUGGUGAUGUCAUCGUCUUCUUGGAUGCUCAUUGUGAAUGUAAUCGCAACUGGCUGCCACCCCUGUUGGCAAGAAUACGAUAUGACAGGAAGAUCAUGGCAGUCCCCAUUGUGGAUGGCAUUGACUUGGACAAUUUUGAAUACAGAUCUGUGUAUUCUACAGUUCAUCACCGUGGUAUAUUUGAAUGGGGCUUUCUGUACAAGGAAAGCCAAGUACCCAAAAAAGAGUUGGCCAGAAGAAAGUAUGAAAGUGAACCAUAUAGAUCUCCCACUCAUGCUGGUGGUUUGUUUGCAAUGGACAAAUCUUACUUCUUUGAGCUAGGGGGUUAUGAUCCAGGCCUCCAGAUAUGGGGUGGAGAAAACUUUGAAUUGUCUUUCAAAAUCUGGCAAUGUGGAGGCAGCAUAGAAUGGGUUCCUUGUUCCCGUGUUGGUCACAUCUAUCGCAACUUCAUGCCAUAUAGCACUGGCACAAUUGCACAUAAAAUACCCAUCAUUAGUAUUAAUUACAUGCGAGUGGUAGAAGUCUGGCUUGAAGAGUUUCGAGAAUAUUUCUACAUACGUGAACCCAUGGUGCAAGGCUACCCCAUUGGUAACAUCAGCACACAGCUGCUUUUCAAAAAGGAGCACAAUUGUAAAAGCUUCAAGUGGUUUAUGGAUAAUGUUGCUUAUGAGGUCUAUGACCUUUAUCCUUUACCACCGCCCAAUAAAGCCUGGGGACAGUUUAAAGAGAAACAAGGGAAUCGUUGCUGGGACACCAUGGGAGAGGGUGUAGGAGGUGGCCCAGUGGGUGUCUAUUACUGUAACAGCGGUGGUGGCAACCAGAUAUACAGACUGAACACAAAAGGACAAAUUGCUAUGGGAGAGUGGUGCAUUAAAAGUCUGGAUUCAGGCACACUCCACCUGAGGCAAUGUGAUGUCCAACCCACAGGGCCUUGGAGAUGGGAUGAAGCCACUGGACUUAUACAUAACACUAAUAUGGAGAAGUGUAUAGACAUCAGAGGUGACAGCCGCCUGCACUUGCAACCAUGCAAUCCUUUGUUGCCUUCUCAGAUGUGGGACAUCAAGGAGUUAUUUCCAUGGAAAGACAGUGUUUAGCUCCUGAAAAUGCUGUUGUUUGUGUGUGUGCACGCACACACGUGUGUCAAAAGUUGGGUGCUACACAUUAUGUGCCUAUAUCCCUUGCAUCUAUUUAUUUAAAAGAAUGUUGAUGAACGAUCUAUUAAGGCAAGUUUUACAAUUUCAUGUAUGCAUCUACAAAUUUGUUCAGCUGAGUUCCAAAACAUAAUACCUCGUAUAUGAAACUCUUUUCCAGAGCCAUUUUAUCCGACAGUUUACAAUAAAAAUAUUAUGUUUCUGCGAAAGGAAGUAAGAGAGGGAUGCAAUGUAAAGAUUUGAUCACAUUUUGAAUUAAUGAUCACCAUACACGAACAGUUCUCAACAAAAUCUGCUAUGCAGCCAGAUAUGUAUGCAUUUUUUUGGUCAUAGUUCAGCUCAAUUUUCUAAUCUACUGGAAGAACUAAAAUGCACUUUUAGAUGAAUAAUGUAGCAAGUGGGCAAAGGGAGCUGCCCUAUUUUGUUUGAGUUGUCCCCUUUACUAGAAAUGCUCAUUCAUAGAUAUGUUGGGAGAAUGUUUUUUAGUAUGCAUUGAUUGUAUCAAAUUUAUGCUUUCAUGAGGUAUUUCAGAUAAGAGGGUUUCAUGCACAAGUAAUGGUGAAUAGGGCACAGAUUCAAUGGCAUGGUGUAAGAUUUGUAUUCAUGAUUCUUCUGUUUCCUGGCAAGCAAAUUUUGUCAUCUUGUGAGGAAUAAAUGGAAACUUUUCUAAAUUUUUUUUGUUGAAAGGGGCAGUAUAAAUGUCACAUUUUUUUUCUUUUGCCACCUUCAUCCUCACCUCCCAGGCUGCUUGCAUUCAUCAAUAUGUUUUGAUGGAUUGUUCUUUUUCUCUUUUCUUUUCUUCAUCAUUCUCUUUGUAACCUUGACCAUUUUUUAACAACUGUGUUGAAUUCUCUGCUAUGAUUUUGAUCUAGUAUGGAGCAGAACAAGAUCUACUCUUUUUAAACUUUGUUUUGUGUGUUGUAGUGGAUCAUUAUUUAUUUUACUGGUGAGUUAUGGAUUUCAUUUAAUAAUUUUCAUGACAUAUAUCAGGGUAACAGCUUCCUUUCUGACAUAGGAUAAGCCUUCUCAGUAUUCUGCUGAAGCAUCUUAUCUUGUGUCCAUAAGCAACUUUAUAAGAUGACAUGCUGAUGCAGGACAGCUUGACAAAUUACAUCAUAGCUGAGGUCCUUGAAAGUGCCUUCAUGAUGCACAGUGGAGAAAUAUAUUGUGCAGCUUUCUUUUAUCACUAUGCCAUUCCUAAUUUCAUUGUAAUGGAAAAUCAUUCCUGUCAAUAAUGUGAAUAUUUACUCUUUUCUGACAAUAUUGGCAUUGACUGUUUAUUAAAGCUUUGGAAUUUCGAUAGACAUUUUAGACAUCUAUUAGGAUGUACCGUGAUGCAAAGGAGAUAUAUUAUACUGUGCUGUUGAAGCUGUUUAAGUGGGUGGCAGUUGCUGUCAGUUUUUAAUAUGGAAUCUUCAAGCACUAUGUAUAUGAUGGCUACCAUGAGGGUAUCAUUAAUAAUUUAUAUUUGGUUUACAAUGGAUGUAUGCUUCUUUCUCACAUUUUUCUUAGAGAAAGAUGUAUAUAGAAAUCUCAAACAACAACAUUAAAGAGGUUAAUCAUGCUAUGUUGGGGAGAUGCCAUGAAAAAUUCACUUGAACAUAGGUAAGAAAGAUGUUCACACCAGUGAAUUGAGAAAUGUAUCUGAGAGUUGGAAAGCAAUGUUUUUUUCUUUUUCUUCCUUUUCUAUAGCUUAGCCUGUGCUGUUUUCUUAAACUAAAGGAAGAAAAAUAAAAUUUGAAAGAACACAUUGUGCAUAUUAAAGCACACCAGUGGAAGAAUCAUUUCAUCUUUUAAUGGCUUUUUAGAGGGUAAAUAUUUAACAGCUAAGACUUAAUGCAUAUAACCAAGCCACUGGAAAAGCCUUGACCAAUUUUCAGUCUUAGCACAGAUUUUACUGCUGAUCUCUUGGAAAUUUUUGGAACUCCUUUAAAUACAUUUGUUCUUAUGUCUUUAUGAAUUUUUAAAAAGGCCUUUUACAAAAUACUUCAUUGAAAUGAAAAAUUAUGAACAAGAUCCAUUAAAUUAAUAUGUGUGAGUGAGUGGAUUUUUUGUGCAACUGGUAUACAUUUAAAUUUGAGAAUGUUGCCAACAUACCUAUGACAUAAACCACUUUUAGCUUAAUUGCUGUUAAAUGCUUGCACAUACGCCAGUGUAUAUGUUUACAUACUUUUGAGGUGGAUGUUCUUACCAGUUUUUCCAUGUUCUCUUACUGCCUUUAAACUAUUUUUAAGGUACGAUCUCUUCAUUGCUAUUUAUUUUUCACAUAUAGAGCAUUUUUGCUCACAUUUGGUCAUAGCACUGUAAAUCUUUUGGAAAAGAACCGACCAGAAUGCCACUAGCCAAGACAUCAAAAAGCGCAAAUGGGGCUGGAUAGGACACACCUUGCACCGUUGCCAAGCAGGCACUUGACUGGAAUCCUCGGGAAGAGGAAAGCUGGGAGACCAAAUCAGACUUGGAAAAGAACGGUAGAAGGCAAGGCAAAGACGUCAGAACCACAUGGGCUCAAAUGAAAGGGGCUGCCCCAACCAGGUCCACUGAGAAGGUUGUUGCGGCCCUAUGCUUCUCGAGGAGUAACAAUUAAAGACUCAACUAACUGUAAAUCUUAUCACAGACCAGUAUUUGCUUACACAAGAUUUGCACUAGACUGAGUCUAAUCAUUUUAAAUAUGACACUACAUAUGUAAUUAUUGGGUAAGUUCUAACAGAAUAAAUAUAAAAUAUUUCAUGGA